GUUAGGUAAGUUUGAUCUGGAACCUUCAAAUUUUUUAAAUAAUGUCUAUUUUUUGUGUAACUGAAGAUGGUUGCUGUUGUUGUUUUUGAUGUAUUUUUCGUACAAUUCUUUCUUUUGCAUAUCGAAUAUAUUCACGAGUAUUAAUAUUAUCAAAAGGAAAUUAGUCUGUUAGUAAUAUUUUAUUUUUCUCUUUUACUUUUUUGUUAUGAUCUAAUGUAUUUACAAGUAUCAUUAUUACCCGAUUUCAACAACUUUUAGCUCGUAAUCUACAAAGUAAAAAUGAGAAGAGCCAUUUUUACUUCGAAAUGCACUAAUAGAUCAUAUAUGCAUUACCAAAAUAAUUUUAUGAAAUAAUAUGGUAUUUUGUUUGAAGUUUAAUAUUAAUUAAGUUAAUUUUAUUUAAAUUUUUAUAUUUUAAUAAAAUAUUUUAUUAAUUUAUAUUGUUCUAAUAUGUUUAUAUAUGUGCUAGUUAUUUACAAAAGUUUUAUGAAUUCAAAUUAGUUAUGACAAAUAAAUAUAAAGACCAUAUUAUAAAAUAUAAAUAGUUUUGAAGCUGAGUUUGAAGUUUUACUUUUGAAAAAUAACACCUUUAAACUUCAGAAAGAAUUAUCCAAUCAACUUUAAGUUUAAGCAGUUAAUUAACUUAAGUUAUCUAUUUAAUUGAUUUUAUCCUUAACCUCCCUGUCUUUAAGAAUCUUGGCGGCGCGGCUGGAUUUCUGAAAAAAGUCAUAAAUCCAUGUCAAUAUAUCCUCUUGUGAGUUGUGUGAUGUACUGUUUUGUGUAUGUAUUUUGCAUGCAUAUGUAUAAAAUGACAAAAAUGCGUUAUCUACUUGCGUACGCGGAUGGGAGAAGAUUGAUAAUAAGGCUUCGAAUGGUGACUAUCGUCCUGCCUCGUCCUGCAGUUAACAGUAACAAAAAUAUCUACAUAUACUAUAUAUCUAUACAUUUUUAUAACUAUUAAAACCGCACCGCAGUUGAAUCCCUUGUCCCGUAUCGCUCAAACCGCAGUCACAAAGCCUAAUUCAGCACUGCAUGUGACAGUCUGUUCUUGUGUGCCCUGAACCAAAUAUAAUUUGCUUUGUCGAGUGUUCAAAGAUUGCGUUAUUGAUUUGAUCAUAUGAGUGACGAAUUUGGAAUAUUAUUUUAUAAUAUAAGAGAUUAUCUAACAUCAGAACCACGGCUACGGUCUACUCAACUAAACCGGAAACCGAAUUCAGGUCCGUGUGCCAGGGCACCAAUUCGACCUAAUAUGUAUAAGGCAUUGCCAAAUUCGCCACAACCUCAACCAGGAUUUAGGGAUUUAGCUCGAACACGUGGGCUGUAUUGUAACGACCCAGAUUUUUUCUGGUGGGCCAGUUUGGCCUUUAUUAAAAAUUAAAGUCUAAUUCUCUCUUUUUACUUUGUCCCACAUUGGAUGUUUAGAAAACCUACCUCCCUUCCCUUCUUCUAUAUAAGAAACUCCAUCCUUUCUCUUUAUUCUCAUCAAGUCAAAGUAUUUCUUUGCGUGUGACGAGUUGUUGUUGAAUUAUUCGACGACCAGUCACUAGUGAAUUUUCCGGUGGGAUUUCCGGGUGAGCUUCCGGCGAGAUUUCUGGACGAGCUUCCGGUGAGAUUUCUAGACGAGCUUCCGGCGGGUUUUCUAUUGACCUCAGCUGACCGCAUCUUUCGUUGUUCAUUUCAGCCUGUGGCUAAGGUGAGACCGACGAGCAGGAGUGAUUACUAUCGGAUUGGUGCUUUGGGAGUUUUAUCUCUUUAAGUUUCAGACUUGCGGUUUUUAUGAUUUUAUCGAUAUUUUCAGGUUUUAUUAUAUUAUCUGGAUUUACGACUUUGGAGUUGACUUUAGAGAAGUAAUAAAUGGAGAUUUCGGACUUUAUAUUUAUUUAUUUUAUUUUGGAAAAUACGGGUGUUACAAUUUGGUAUCAGAGCGGGUUCCGUCCCGGCUCUGACCCGGGAUGGCGAUUUGUUGGGACGUAGUUUCGACUCGGUUUUUAAUCGGUUUUAGACAUUUUUAAAAUAUUUAUGGGAAUAUGGGAAUUUUAAAAAUAAAAGUAAAUAGCACCUUUCUGUUUGGUAUUGUGUCUAGAAUCGUUGGUGUUCGGUUUCGGCAGAAGUUUAUUGAGGUGCUUUUUCCUUUCAGAUGCCGCCGCGUAAGAGAGUUGUUCGCACUCAGUCCGCUAGUGCUUCACGAGAGGGUGGAGAUGAGAAUGUGCCGCCACCGGCUCCACCGAUUGAUCAGGAUGCCCUUAGGCAGAUGGUGCAGGAUGCUGCCAGACAGGCUGCACAUGAGGCAGUUCAGCAAGCUGUCCAGGAGGCUGCUAGAGUAGCUGCACAAGAAGUUGUUAGGCAGAUGGCUGCAGCUCAGCAGGUUCCGCCAGUUCAGGUUCAGGGGCAUCAGCAGCCCCCUAUUCAGCCGGUUCGACCAGUUCAGGUUCAGGGGCAGCAGCAGCCCCCUAUUCAGCAGGUUCCUGAGGUUGAUGAGACGCUUAUGCAGGUGAUGAAACAGAUGAAAACUGUGGAUUUGGAGACUUUUGGGGGAACAGUAGACCCUUUUCAGGCUUAUAAUUGGAAGCAUAGAUUAGCUACGUGUCUGCAGACUAUCAAUUGUCCGUUGCGCCUUUGCCUUAGUAUCGCAGAGUUGUAUCUGCGUGGGGAUGCAUUAGUAUGGUGGGAUGGAGUGCAAUCGAUGCGUGAUGGCGAUAUGACUUAUGAGGAUUUCCUCAUUGCGUUCGACAAGAAGUAUUUUCCUAGAGAAGCAUUGCACCAGAAGAAGAAUGCUUUUGAGCAUCUGAGGCAGGGUACUAGGAGUGUCAGAGAGUAUGAGCGGGAGUUUUGCCAACUCCGCUUGUUUGCUGGUAAUAAUUUUGAUGCGGAAGACUUGAUCAGGAGAUUCUUAGAUGGGAUGCGAGUUGAUCUUCGCGGGAGGUGCAAUAUGGUUACUUACACGAGCUUGGAGGAUCUGGUAGAGAAGGCUGCUGUGCAGGAGGCAUGUAUUGCAGAGGAGCAGAAGUACUUUAAGGCCCAACCUAAGACUGAAAGAACUUCAGAGUCACCGAACAUGGCAGGGGAUCAGUCAGGAACACCCAGUUGUGAGCGCUGCCAUCGCUACCAUUUUGGAGAUUGCGUGAUGUGUUUUGCAUGUGGGCGGUUAGGCCAUGUGGCCAAGUAUUGUCGAUUUACAAAAGUGGAUGGUACUGGUACCGGACAGGUUACAGCACCAACGACACUAGCAGCGGCUUCAAAGAAGUGUUAUGGCUGUGGCCAGCCUGGUCACAUUUUCAGGGAUUGCCCGAGGGGGGGACGGGUAGAGAAUCCAUCACCAGCUAAGCGCCAGGCUAUCGCACCACGAGUAGCAAGAGGCAACGAGAGAGUUGAGCCGGCUGAUGGUAUGUAUCUUUUCACUUUGGUAGUUUACGUUUGUGCAUGUUGUCUUUUGCGGUUAUCAUUUGUUUAAAAAAAAAAAGAAGUUGUGCUUAAGAUCAGUAGCGGCUGAGUAUGAGAGAUUUCACCUUAUUUGAUAUGGGAGGACCACAUAGUUUGGAGUGUCUACAGCGAACAAACGUCUUUAUAACAAAGUUAACUCAUGCUGAAGACAUCUUAUUCCUUUUCUCGACUCAGGAUUUGAAUUCGGGGACGAAUUCCUUCUUAGUGGGGAAGAAUUGUAACGACCCAGAUUUUUUCUGGUGGGCCAGUUUGGCCUUUAUUAAAAAUUAAAGUCUAAUUCUCUCUUUUUACUUUGUCCCACAUUGGAUGUUUAGAAAACCUACCUCCCUUCCCUUCUUCUAUAUAAGAAACUCCAUCUUUUCUCUUUAUUCUCAUCAAGUCAAAGUAUUUCUUUGCGUGUGACGAGUUGUUGUUGAAUUAUUCGACGACCAGUCACUAGUGAAUUUUCCGAUGGGAUUUCCGGGUGAGCUUCCGGCGAGAUUUCUGGACGAGCUUCCGGUGAGAUUUCUAGACGAGAUUCUGGCGGGUUUUCUAGUAAGUUUGUUGCCUCCUUAUUUCUAGUUAUAGGAAUAUUUUAAGAAAGUUUCUAAUUUAGGAAAUAAGUUAUAUUAGGAAAGUUUCUAUUUUAGGAAAGUUGCCAUUUUAGGAAAGUUGCUAUUUUAGGAAAGUUUCUAUUUUAGGAGAGGUUUCAUUUUAGGAAAGUUUCCAUUUUAGGAAACUUAUUUCCAGAGAAGCUGAGCUUAAGUCGUUGAUUCUCGUGUUGCAGUUGACCUCAGCUGACCGCAUCUUUCGUUGUUCAUUUCAGCCUGUGGCUAAGGUGAGGGCUAUCCCAUUAAAUCCCGAGCUAGUUUAGUACUACUAUUAUGGAAAGUUUAGUUUCGAAACAUGAUCCGUCUCUGUGAAUUGAGUCUGUUUGAGAGUCUUGUUUGUUUAUUAUUACUAUUGAUUGUUAAACCAGAAAUAGGAUAAUAGAGGAUUCAACGGUUGACUGAAUUGAAUGAAUUAAGAACUGUUAUUUAUAUAUGUAUAUACAUAUGUCUGUUAUGAGAUUGCGGGGCACAAAGAUGUUGUGCUAACGGCGCAUUGUGUGGAGAUUGCGGGACACAGAGACGUUUGUGUUAGCGGCGCAUUGUAUGGAGAUUGCGGGGCAUAUAGACGUCUAUGCUAGCGGCGCAUUGUAUGAGGGAUUGCGGGGUACAAAGACGUUUGUACUAGCGGCGCAUAGGUGAUUGCGGGGUACAAGGAUGGACUCUUGUACUAGCGGCGCAUAGAGUUAUAUAUUUAUAUCCGUAUAAGGAGAAUGCAGGGUGUGUGAUCUAGUUAUGCACUAUCAGCGCAUUUGAUGUUUUAUGUGGUGUAUUAGACACUGUGUUUGUUUCAUGCUAGAGCUAGGCCUACAUAGUCGUAGUGCUAUGUACUGAGUCAGUGGUUUGUGGUUUAGCAUCCCAUACCUCACGGAGUAACUCCCCUGUUACUCACCCCUCUUUCUUCCCCCUUUCAGGUGAGACCGACGAGCAGGAGUGAUUACUAUCGGAUUGGUGCUUUGGGAGUUUUAUCUCUUUAAGUUUCAGACUUGCGGUUUUUAUGAUUUUAUCGAUAUUUUCAGGUUUUAUUAUAUUAUCUGGAUUUACGACUUUGGAGUUGACUUUAGAGAAGUAAUAAAUGGAGAUUUCGGACUUUAUAUUUAUUUAUUUUAUUUUGGAAAAUACGGGUGUUACAUGUAUGUGAUACAGUUUAGCACAUGAGACAAUAAAAUCAAUCGAAGAACUAAAUGUCAACGACAUAGAACUGGUUCAAAUGGUUUU